CGGUGGAGGAGCCUGACGACUCCGGGUGUCUUACCCGUGCUGGACUUUCCCCUUCCAUGUGUCGAGGCCGUGGGGGGGGUGCUGCAGAAGUCAGGGAGUAGGCUGAGCAGAAACCUGGAUUUGGUUCUAAGAGCCGUGGGGUUGACCGGAAGUGAUCUUGGGGCUGACCGGAAGCAAGGCCUGGAGGGGAAAGGGAGUGUGGGUCCCGGGAGGGAGGGGGUUCUUAGCGGCGAGGGGCGGGGUGAAAAGGUGCGAAAGCGACCUGGGAGCGCCUAAGGCGGUGGGUCGCUGCUGUUGGUCUCAUUGGGAAGCAGCGAGUGACCACCACGAGCAAAAGGGGAGGCCAGAGAGUGGUAGUGUGGAAGUCCAGGGCUACUUCUGGGCAGUCUGGAAUAAGUGAAAGGGCUCUCACGCCGCUCCAGAGCUCUGAGUGGGAGGGACUUUGGAAGUCGAGGCAGCACAGAACAAGGAGCCAAGGGUGCAGGAGAUUAGUGCAGGAGGGCUUAGGGGUGGCUGGUGGGUACUGCGUGGGAGAUCUUGGUUUGGAGUUUCCUACAGUCCUUGCCCCCGUUGGGUAGAAUCACACUGCUCACCUUUGUGCAAGAACCAGUGUCGCCUGGGGCAAGGAAGGAGCCAGGAUGGCUUGGGCUCUGAAGCUGCCUCUGGCCGAUGAAGUGAUUGAAUCCGGGCUGGUGCAGGACUUUGAUGCUAGUCUGUCCGGGAUCGGCCAGGAACUGGGUGCUGGUGCCUAUAGCAUGAGUGAUGUCCUUGCACUGCCCAUUUUUAAGCAAGAAGAGUCAAGUUUGCCUCCUGAUAAUGAGAAUAAAAUCCUGCCUUUUCAGUAUGUGCUGUGUGCUGCCACCUCUCCGGCAGUGAAGCUCCACGACGAAACCCUGACCUAUCUCAACCAAGGACAGUCUUAUGAAAUCCGAAUGCUAGACAAUAGGAAACUUGGAGAACUUCCAGAAAUUAAUGGCAAGUUGGUGAAGAGUAUAUUCCGUGUAGUGUUCCAUGACAGACGGCUACAGUACACCGAACACCAGCAACUAGAGGGCUGGAGGUGGAACCGACCUGGAGAUAGGAUUCUUGACAUAGACAUCCCGAUGUCUGUGGGUAUCAUCGAUCCUAGGGCUAAUCCAAACCAACUAAACACAGUGGAGUUCCUGUGGGACCCUUCCAAGAGGACGUCAGUGUUUAUUCAGGUGCACUGUAUCAGCACAGAGUUCACCAUGAGGAAGCACGGCGGGGAGAAGGGCGUGCCGUUCCGCGUGCAGAUCGACACCUUCAAGGAGAACGAGAACGGGGAGUAUACUGAGCACUUGCACUCAGCCAGCUGCCAGAUCAAAGUCUUCAAGCCCAAAGGUGCAGACAGAAAGCAAAAAACAGAUAGGGAGAAAAUGGAGAAACGGACACCUCAUGAAAAGGAGAAAUACCAACCUUCCUAUGAGACAACUAUACUCACAGAGUGUUCUCCGUGGCCCGAAAUCACCUAUGUCAAUAAUUCCCCAUCACCUGGCUUCAACAGUUCCCAUAGCAGUUUUUCUCUUGGGGAAGGAAACGGUUCACCAAACCACCAGCCAGAGCCGCCCCCUCCAGUCACAGAUAACCUCUUGCCAACAACCACACCUCAGGAAGCUCAGCAGUGGUUGCAUCGAAACCGGUUUUCUACAUUCACGAGGCUUUUUACAAACUUCUCAGGGGCAGAUUUAUUGAAACUAACUAGAGAUGAUGUGAUCCAAAUAUGUGGCCCUGCAGAUGGAAUCAGACUUUUUAAUGCAUUAAAAGGCCGGAUGGUGCGUCCAAGGCUAACCAUUUAUGUUUGUCAGGAAUCCUUGCAGUUGAGGGAGCAGCAACAGCAGCAGCAGCAGCAGCAGCAGCAGAAGCAUGAGGAUGGAGAUUCAAAUGGUACUUUCUUCGUGUACCAUGCCAUCUACCUAGAAGAACUGACAGCUGUUGAACUAACGGAAAAAAUUGCUCAGCUCUUCAGCAUUUCUCCUUGCCAGAUCAGCCAGAUCUACAAGCAGGGGCCAACAGGAAUCCAUGUGCUCAUCAGUGAUGAGAUGAUACAGAACUUUCAGGAAGAAGCCUGUUUUAUUCUGGACACAAUGAAAGCAGAAACCAAUGACAGCUAUCAUAUUAUACUGAAGUAGAUGUGGGGCAUUCCGUCCUCAGUGGCUGCUGCUUCCUUCACCUCUGGGAAACCCCCCUGGAAGGGGAUGCAGAUGGAGAGUUGAAGGUCUGCGGGAACCUGGCCCAUCUGACUGUGUUGGGGGGAGCGCAGGCCAUGGAGGCAGAGCCCAGCCGUCUGUGCGGGUCCGGGCUCUGUGGCACACAGACUACGGCCCGACAGGCCUUUCUACAGCUGUUUCUGAGUUACAAUUUCUGGACCCUGUUGUUGAAUAUCAGUGGAAACUCCACAGCAUUUGGGGUGUAUGUAGAGCAUAACAAUGAUGAUAACUGUGUGAUGUUUAAUGGAAAGAUGUUAAAUUUUGUGAUACGGAGCUGUGUGAUUUUUUCUAAUAUAAAAAAGUGAACAUCUAUAUUCAUAAGACUAGAUACUCAAUUUCUUUUGCAUCAAACAUGUACUGGCUUUUUACCAUAGUCGGCCCCUGAAAACCUCAUCAAAGAGAAAUACUGAGAUAGACUAGAAUUUUUCCUUUGGUUCCUCUGUAAUACUGUCACUAAGAGUAAUUUUAGCUAACAUUUAUGGAGUGUUUAUUUGUGCCAGGCAGUGUGAUAAAUUCUUUUAAUGGAUUAUCUUGUUUAAAUCCUCUUAAUAAUCCUAUGUGAAGUAGGUGAUAAUGAUUCUUCAUUGAAGAUGAGGAAAUGGAGACUUGUAGUGGCUAGACAGCUUGCUGAGCAGCAGGCAGCGAGCAGGUGGUGGUGCCAAAAGCCAAACCCAGGCAGUCUGGGUCUUACUAGUUGCCACCCAGUGCUGCCGCCUUUGCAGUCCUUGUGCUUGGCGUCAUUUCUUACUGUGGCUCUUCUGGUGAAUAGGACAGAACACUGGGUGAGAACUGAGAAUCUAACCACUGAAAGGGACAAACCAUACCUAAAUAAUGAUGCACAAAUCAAAAUGUACAGACAGUAAAAACAUAGGUGCUUUGUAAGCAUCAUUAGUUAUCAGGUCUUAGCAUUUGAGGUGGUGAAAACUAGGGAUUUUCUGUAACUCCCCAAAUUCACUGUUCUUGGAUGACCUCCUCAAACUAUUUAUUAAUGAGAUAGACUAACCCCUCCUUUCUCUUUCCCCUCUCUGCAUUUUCUCUUGGUGUAGGAAGUUCUUUUAUUCAUUUAGUGUUCUUUUAUUUAAGCUUUACAAAAAAUUCAUUCUGAUCCCAUUCACAUUCUUACCAUAUAUUUUUGUUAUUUCUUAAAGAAUGACUGUGUGUGUGUUUACAUGUGUAAGAAUCUGGGUCUUUCUUUUUCACAUGUAAAGUUUUAUCCAGAAAUCCCUUUACAUAUUAUGUUGAAGUGAAAAAGAUAACGUUCAAAGAUUAUGUAUUGAAUUUGGGUCUGUGUGUGUGUGUAUGUGUUUUCAAAGCAUUUGAUAAUGUUUAAAUGUUUUUAUACAGAGGUUUUUGUUCAUUAAAAUCAACCUGCAACACAGUCUGAUUUCUUUUGGUUGGAAACAAGUUGAAAACUUUGGAAAAUUAAGUCAACUAACUUGUUUAGAACUGACCUGGGCAACUUGACAUCAUAGGCCAAAAUAAUUUUUUAGUGAAUGAUUACCAUAUGUCUCGUCUCCGCUUUAGGGGAAUUUUCUAAUUACACCAUGUUUCUAGGACUGGUUCUCAGCUUCAAGGAAGUUGCUCUCUCAGAAGGCUCCUGUUGUGUUUUGUUUUUUUCUAUUCUGUGUGAAUAAUGUUAGGCUAGGAGGGUUGGACUAGAUGACUUUUAAGGUCCCUUCUAAGUCUGAAUCUUGACUCGUGUUGACUGCAAAUGCACAUAGAAUUCUAUUAAUAUAUUUACUAUAAAUUCACACUUACUAUUUUUACUUGGCAUUAGGGGUCUUUUUUUAGAGUAGUCUUCAAAUUUAUAGAAAUAAAUUUAUACAAGUUUGUAGUGACAGGUCCUUAAAUUAACCAGAAAAUCUCUUAAGCUUUUUUUAGGUUCAAAAAUACUAUGGUGCCAAUACUAUAUAAUUGGUAGAAUUGGUAUAGUGCUAAAACAUUGUGCUUAUUUGACUUCCUUUAAAAAUUGUAUCUGUUCUCUAUCCUUCCAAUUUAAUGAAAAUUUAAAACUUGCUUUUUCUUCAUGAAACUCAUGCACAAAGUGAUAAAUGCAAACAAUAAAGAA